AUAUCAUCACUUCUCUUCGCCGCCUGCGAGAUAUAGCUUUACAUGGAGUCGCCGGAAGAAGACCUUCACCGGCCCAUCUUGAACUCAACUUCAUCGCCGCCGGUGGGUCAGGAGGAACAUGCAGAAGCUAACAGCGGCGGAGGAAGUCAUAUAGUAAUAGUUGAUUCUAGACUGGAAAAUGUUCUCUCAGAUACCAGCCUGCCGUGGCUCAAGAGGCUCCGAUCGGCGACGUGGAUUGAGCUGAGCCUGCUCUCCCCACUCGCCGCUCCGGCCAUCUUCGUCUACCUCAUCAACAACCUCUUGUCGAGUUCCACCAGAGCUUUCGCCGGCCACCUUGGCAACCUCGAGUAUGCUGCCGCCAACCUUGGCCACAGUGGCGUUCAGCUCUUUGCGUACGGCCUCAUGUUGGGCAUGGGAAGCGCGGUGGAGACGCUGUGCGGGCAAGCCUACGGUGCGCACGAGUAUGGACUGCUCGGUGUGUACAUGCAGAGGGCAACCAUAGUGCUGACCCUAACCGGGAUUCCACUAACCCUGGUUUACAUAUUCGGCAGACAAAUCCUGCUCUUGAUCGGCGAAUCAACGGCUAUCUCAUCAGCGGCUGCCAUCUAUCUGUAUGGCCUGAUCCCACAGAUGUACGCUUACGCCGUGAACGUCCCCAUACAGAAGUUUCUCCAAUCGCAGAGCAUUGUGGCUCCCAGUUCUUACAUUUGCGCAGCCACCCUCGUGCUUCACGUACUGCUCAGUUGGGUGGUGGUCUUCAAGUUGGGCUUGGGCCUGAUUGGGGCCUCUUUGGUGUUGAGCCUCUCUUGGUGGAUCAUGGCGGUGGCCCAAUUUGUGUACAUUGUUGGGUCUGGAAGGUGUAAGCAUACGUGGACCGGGCUUAGCUUGCAGGCCUUUCAUGGGCUUUGGGCUUUUACGAAGCUAUCGGCAGCUUCCGCUAUCAUGUUAUGCCUCGAGAUGUGGUAUCUUCAGGUGCUGGUUUUGAUCACUGGCUUGCUCGAUGAUUCUGAGCUUGCUCUUGAUGCUAUUUCUGUUUGCAUGGCAAUAACAGGACUACUGUUUCAGAUUGGAAUUGGAUUUAAUGCAGCUGCAAGCGUGAGGGUGAGCAAUGAGCUGGGGGCUGGGAAUCCAAAGGCAGCAAAAUUCUCAGUAGUGAUAGUAAACACAGUGUCGUUGGUGGUGGCGGUGAUAGAAGCCAUGGUGGUGCUCGCUCUCCGCCACGUCAUCAGCUAUGUUUUCACUGACGGCGAAACUGUGGCGGAGGCCGUCUCUGAUCUCUGCCCUUUCUUGGUCGUCACCCUCAUCCUCAAUGGCGUUCAGCCUGUAUUGUCCGGGGUGGCUGUUGGGUGCGGAUGGCAAGCCCUGGUGGCUUAUGUGAACGUGGGCUCUUAUUAUGUUGUUGGGGUUCCACUUGGUUGUCUCUUGGGCUUCAAGUUCAACCUUGGCGUUAAGGGAAUAUGGACAGGCAUGAUGGGUGGAACUAUGAUGCAGACUCUGAUUCUGCUAUGGAUCACUGCUCGCACUGAUUGGAAUCAUGAGGUGGACAAAGCUCAGAAGCGAGUUCGCAAGUGGCACGAUCAGAAAGAGGCUGAGAAUGAGCAGCACCCCGGUUGAUUUCCAUAAUAAUAUAUAAUUAGUUGGUUUCAUGAUACUUAAAUGUAAAUGAAUGAAGUAAAGUGGGCAUGUACAAAGAGAAAGCAUUGAGAGGUGACAUUUGAUUCCAUGAUUUUGCGUUUGUUUGUUUUUGUUUUUUGUUUUUCUUGUUACAAAAACAAUUUUAU